UUACUAAUAAUACUAGGCAUUAAUGUGCUGUUAGCGAACUUUUAGCUAACAAUACUGCAUUUCAACUGAGUACCUCAGAUUCAACAACACUCAUAAAUACCCUAAUACACCAAAAUACACAUAUGUAAAACAUUCACCAGGGUACUCACAUGUCUCUGAACGCACACAUGCACGGAUCACAGCACAGAUGACUGAUUUAUUAACUAUUCUCCUCAGAAAUAUCUACGAUGGGCUUCCCGGCCACUCUCACCGUUAACUCAAAAACGAAACCUAUCAGUUCGCGCAAAACGGGUGUCCUCUCCGUGACUCCAAAACAAAGGCGCUGAUUGGCUGAUCCCCGUUACCAAGACAUUAAUAACGAGUCCUUCUUUACAAUACGAUAAACUCAAACCAUCUGCAUCAAUGGUGCAAUCGACGGGUUUUCACGAAUGGUGAUAUGGCUACAUGCAUUCUCUACAAGUAGUGAUCCCAAGGUCAUCGCUGGAUACUUUAUUGAUGCGGUGUUAUCAAGGAAUGGGACAGCCACCCGAAUUCGCUCAGACUUGGGGACAGAAAACUGUUACAUUGAACAGAUGCAGAUGUUCAUAAGACAUGAUCAUACGGAUGAUUUUUCGAGAAAUUGCUAUUUGUAUGGCUCAAGCAAUCAUAACCAACGGAUAGAGCAGUGGUGGGGAUUUUUGAGUAAGCAGCAUGCACAGUUCUGGAUCAACCUAUUUCAAGAUCUAAAAGAUUCUGACGACUUCACCGGUGACUUCCUAGACAAAAGUCUAAUACAGUUCACAUGUCUUGAAAUAAUAGAGAGAGAACUACAGGAUGUUGUUCACCUCUGGAACACUCACAGAAAUGCUGUGUCUCCACAUGGACGUCCAUUGAUGAUGUACACUCUUCCCCAACUUUUUGGUGCUAGGGAGUACCUUAAAGAGGCAUCCCAACAGAAGAUACAGGCUUGUAGGGAGGAAUGUCGUGAGAGAGGACCAUAUCCCUGUGAUAAUACAGUGUUUGACAUUUGUUGUCUUGCAAUGGCAGAAAACAGUCUUCACCCACCAACCUCUCCAGAGGAAGCCAUUGAUCUUUACUUGUUCUUACGUGCUUACAUACGUACCCAAAUUUAAUAAUCAUAAGUUGUUAUACUGGAUCAAAUGACUGAAUGUGAGCACCCACUCAUAGCCAAAAACAACAACAGAAUUUCAGUUUGGACAGAAAGACUGUGUUUAAGCAAUCAAUAAUAGACAACUCUU